AUGGAAGAAAAUGGAAGUCGCACAACUGAAACGUCCAAGAGGAUAACUACAGAAGUAAAGAAACAACUUCACGAGAUUAUAAUUGUGUCUGACAGACCUGGGGCUGGGAUCCAGAAAUUCAGUAAGAUCAAAUUAAAGAAGACAGAUAUGCAAGAGAUAAAUCCACUGGCUUCAAAGGAAAUGAGGACACACCAGAAGCAAGCAGGUCAAUCCUAA